AUGUGUGGUAUUAAAUAUUGCGUCGUUUUGUUUGCCUUGGUGCUCCGAACAAGUAUCUUCGGGGAGGGAAAAAUUGUCAAUGAAGAUGAAUUUGGAGCCCUAUGUGGUAUGAUUAAUUUCGCGAAAGGUGCAUUGCAAAGGGUAGAAGAAGCCCAGGAAGUCAACAAGUCAUUGACGAAGAUUGGAUCAAGAUGUCUUGAGUUGGCUGGAGACGUGAAAUUAAGCAAUACCUGUAUUGACAACAAUGACGAAAGCUGUGAAUACUCCAAGGUGUUUUGGGAUGCAGCAAAACUGUCGAUGAGCGAGGGAAAUGCAGGCAAAGAAAGUUUGGAUGAUGAGAAACUGGAGAAGGUAAAGCAAGUAGCAUCCGCUGCCGAAACGAUAUAUGGGAAUAUGACGAAGAGACACUGGGUGUUGAACGGGGAUAUAAUAAAGCAAAUGCUGAAUCGCGCCCUUUAUGGUAUACCACAUCAACCGAAAAAAAUGAGGGAAAGAAGUGCAACCAGAAAGCGUGUAUGUGAGGGAGAUGUUUCACAACCCGAAGUGAAUCAGGGGCCCGUGUCACUGAGCAGGGAUUUACUGUGUCUGUGCGCAACAGACAGAAAGUCAAGAAGGAAAACCAAACUUUGCUGUGAAAAUUGCGUUUCUGGUGAAAAUCGUAGAGUGUGGAGACCAAGAAAUGAUGCCCAGAAGAGGUGGAAUUUCCUUGUGUCACAAUGUUCAAAUGUGGAGGGGCACAAAGAAGGGUUUGCUAAGCUGGUGGAAAAAUUUCGUCGCAGCCUGAACCACCGUGUCGAUGGUUGCAGCGGGACUAUGUACGUUUUGGGAAAACACAAAAAGCAACUCUUUUGGCCGCUCGAGUUCCUGUCGGGGUACGUACCUGGCCCGGGUGUGCAUUACAUUAUAAACACCAGGGCUGGGAUGGUUGAGGACAUACCUUGGUUGGGUGAAUUGCGGGAAAUUGCGACGUUAAUGGGUGAUUUAAGUGAGGACAAUGUAGAGGGAAGAGGGCUGAAGAGUGCCAUUGAGAAGUUGGAAGGCGACCUCGAAGAAUUAUUUCCAACAGGGGGUGUUAGGAGGGGCUGA